UGCAAUGACGAGUGGAGGCGGAAGCUAUGGGGCUCAAAUUACAUUUGAUGUAAAUGAAACUGGAAACGCAGGUUCCUGGGUAUAAAUAGAUGGACAGACGUCAGCGUUCACAGCAACCAGCGCUAAAAGGCUCGUGUUCCUCCACCAGAGUCAUGGACAGAGAAGACGAAGCUCUGACUCCAGCAGAUGUGACACCAAACGCAGGACAAAGGUCGUCUGGUGGAGGAUCAGCGGUGAGAAAGAGGAAGCAGCUCCCGAAGCAGCAACAACAACCAGAGGACGGAUGCUCUGAGCUCAAGGAGUCCAGCGCCCUCUCCCCAGAAGUGGCCGACUGGAUAAAAGACUGCGCUCGGGAGCUCAAGAUCCGGAAGGACGAUCGCAGCCGUGCUGCAGAGGUGGUCAACGACUUCCGCGACAGCCUGCUGAAAUUCCUGAAGAGCAGCACAGACCAGCCUUUCUUCCAGUCGGCCGAAUUCCUCAACACCGGCAGCUACUUUGAGAAAGUGAAGAUCCACAGCCCCGAUGAGUUCGACAUGAUGCUGAAGCUCCAGGCUCCCGCUCGCUUCCAAACCACCAUGCUGGACGACGGCCUCUUCUACCGACUGGACCUGCUCCAUCCGACGCGGAGCCCCAUGAAGGCCUUUGUCCUGGAGAACGAGCUCACGGUCUCACCCAGCAGGAUCCUGAGCGAGAUGUAUCGGCUGGUUCGCAAGUUCCUCAAGGCCUACACAGCGCCGGACCCGCGCUGCUGCUGGGAGGUGAACAGGAAGCGGCCCAGCUCUCCAGCUGUGACGUUGUCUCUGCGCAGAACUGACGGCGGCGGCGAGGAACUGAUCUCCGUGGACGUGGUUCCUGCUCUCGUGGUCCACUCCACUCAGGGUUGGCCACAGGCUGUGAGGAGAGGCCCCAACGUGGACGAGUGGCUGGGGAAGAAGGAGCGCCAGGAAAUCAUGAAUCUUCCCUGCAUCUUUGUCCCGAAAAGACUGAAAGGCCCAAACGCCAAAGACACCAAAGAGAGCUGGAGGAUUUCUUUCUCCCUCGUUGAGAAAGAGAUGAUCAAAAACCAUGGACACACAAAAACGUGCUGCGAGGCCAACAGCAAAAAAUGCUGCCGGAAGCAGUGCUUAAUGCUCCUGAAAUCUCUGAUCGAGGGUCUGAAACAACGUUUUCCUGAAGAACUGGAGGAUCUGUGCUCGUACCACGGGAAGACUGCAUUCCUCCACACUCUGUCCCUCAGGAGCACUGACGCCAUGUGGGCUCCUAAGCAGCUCCCUGUCUGCUUCCUGAACCUCCUGGAGACUCUGGAGGAAUUCGCUCGCAGGCGCACCCUCCCUCACUACUUUGUUCCUGAAUGCAACCUCUUCUCCACACGCGUGUUCCACCGCAAAUCCCUGGAUUUUCUUGUGAGCGCCCUGAAGCAACAGAGGGCAGAGGGGCUGCCUCUGUUGAAGCCCCCGGGUCCUGUCUCGCCCCUGAGGCCAGUGAGUCCAAUGGAGGAGCCCAGCAGACGGCCCCCAAUGGCUGCAGCGCACGAUUCUCACUUUACUCCUACGGUUAAACUGGUGUUUGCUUUAACUUUGGUCCUUUGUGUCCUGUACAUAAUCAAAGUGACAGCAAACGUGAACUGAGAAAAUAAAACAAAGCUAAAGUUCUAUGUGAAACCAGUGCAUGAGAUGUUAUUUAUUAUUAUCCAUUAUUAACCUGAUGUAAUAUAUCAGUAGUGGCACUGCUCUGGGCCAACUGAAUUAUUUAAUUAGCAAUUUAAUAGUAAUAGCUUUAAUAAGAUUUACUGCAAGUUUCCUACUUGUUGAUAUUUGUCUGCUUUGUGUACAGUCUUUUAUGAAAUAUCUGUGUAUUUACUUUAUUAUAUUGUAUUUACUUUUAUUUACAAAUUUCCUGAUAUUUAAUUUUCAUUUUGUUUUCUGAUUUUUAAAAAACUAAAAAACUGUAUUACACUGUUGUAAAAUGUAAAAAGAGUUUUUUGUUAACAUUAAAUGAUUUAAAUACAAAAAAUACUGUUUUGAAUCAACUGAGAUGUCAGAAAACAUUUCUAAAUAAAAUAUUAAAGAACUGAAAGAUGCUAUUUAGCACAACAAAAAACAGAAUAUAUGAUGUUAUUGACAAUCUAAUGUUAUUUAUAAUUUUGUGUAAAUGGAAUUUUAUGUAUUAAAACUUACUGAAAAAAAACUAUUUUUGAAUUACA